AUGGUCAAUUCUCUAUCUGUUCAAUCUACAGUGGCAUUAGUGAUGGCUGUUGCCUCCAUCUCUGCCAAUGCUCAAAAUACCACUUCAACAUCCACUUCUACUUCAAGCGGUGUUCCUGCUCAAGUUUCACCUGCAUGGCUCUCUGAUAUCACACCUAUCGCUGGUAAUGUCAAGGCAUAUCCUUCAGGCACAAAUGCUUCCAUUCCUACUGGUCCUUUAUCUACUGUCAACUUCUCCACUACGGCCUAUCCCGAAGGCUGGAAGUCCCCGUCAACGACAUCUGCUGAAGUGCAAGCCGUCAUCAAAGCUCUUGACUGGUCAAAGGUUCCUUCAAGCGCUGUUCGCAAGGCUGAUUCCAAAGGCGAUCUCACCAUGACUGGCUACGAUGCUUCGACUGACCCUGAUUGCUGGUGGAGUGCAACUGGUUGUGUCAAAUCAAAGAAUCCCUCUGUUCCUGCUGAUGCUGCAGCAUGUCCUCAAGUUGGAGACUGGGGUUUGACCUACGAUGACGGGCCUCUUACUGCUGAAGCUGGUGAAUGGGCAGAACCCAAUCUCUAUGAUUUCCUGGCCAAGGAAAACCAAAAGGCUGGUUUGUUCUAUAUUGGCUCCAACGUCAUUGCUGCUCCUGCUGCUGCUCAAAGAGCGUUAGCUGAUGGCCAUACUCUCUGUGUUCACACAUGGUCUCAUCCUGCCAUGACAUCUCAGUCCAAUGAAGCUGUAGUUGCAGAGCUGUACUGGACCAUGAGAGCCAUUAAAGAGGUUACUGGUGUCACUACUAAAUGCUGGAGACCCCCCUAUGGUGAUGUCGAUGAUCGAGUGCGUGCCAUCGCAUGGCAAAUGGGUCUGACCACUGUGUUGUGGGAUCUCGACACAAAUGACUGGAACAUGCCAGGUGAUGGUGGAGGAAACCUCUCCCCUUCGACUGUUGAUGGUUACUUCGAAUCCUGGAUUGCUGCACGCAAGAACGGCACUGACAAGACCGGACACAUUGUUCUUCAACACGAAUUAAACAAUGCUACUGUGUCUAUGGCCGAGAAAUGGCUCCCUCAAGUCAAGGAAGCUUUCAAUGUUGUCCCUUGGAAUCAAUGCUUCAACGUUUCACACCCUUACUGGGAAACAUCUUUCACAUAUCCUACAGCCGAAAAUCCCAACCCUACUGCCAACACAACAACGACUGCAUCAUCCUCUGCUGCCGUCACUGCUCCUUCUACUAGCACAGUAGCCUCCUCAAAGCCAUCCCCUUCAAGCAGCGGAUCCUCAGCCGCUGCAAUUGCUGCUGCAGCCAGCGCAGGAACUCGUAACACUGUUACUAUUACAUCAGUUCUUGGCAUGGUUGUCAUUGCUGCUGCUGCUGCUUACACUUUCUAA